GAGAAUAUUCACCAUCAUCAUGAGGGGAAUCAUCCUAGCAAUAGUGCUCGCUCUAGCGGGCGCUGAUCAUGCCAAAAUAGAACCGACAUUCAGCCAGAAUAAAAUAACAAUGUACAACUAUGAGACUUUUACCAUGGUCGGACUUCCGGAAAAUGAGUUUGGCCGUACUGGAAUUAAUCUGGUUGCUAAACUGGAGAUCAGGGCUCAUGGUCAAAAAAGAUACUUAAUGAAGGUUGUGUCUAUUAACAUAAAAGAGGUUACAGGUAUGUGGCCCAAAGAUCCAUUCACUCGCUCCUCUAGCCUGAGCCAGGUUCUGUCUGAACAGUUUUCCAAGCACAUCGAGUUUGAGUAUCACGAUGGACGUGUUGGAGAUAUCUUUGCCUCUAGUGAUGUUUCAGAUUCUGUCCUCAACAUGUUCAAAGGAGUUCUCAGCAUGUUGCAAGUCAACAUCAAGAAAUCCCAGAAUGUGUACGAUCUGCAGGAGUCCAGCAUUGGGGGUGUCUGUCACACCAGAUACGUGAUCCAAGAUGACAAGAAAGCAAAACAACUGGUUGUUGUGAAAACUAUUGACUUCAACAGCUGCCAAGACAAAGUGUCAAUGAAUCUUGGAAUGGUUUUCAUGGAUAAAUGUGAACCUUGCGAAAGGAUGCACAGGAGUAUACGUAAUGCUGCAAUAUCCACCAUCAAGAUGAGAGACAAUAUUAUCAAGGAGGUUGUCUUACAGCACAUCAUAAAUUACAGUCCAUUACAGGAACGUAAUGGUGGUGCCGUAAUGGAAACCAAGCAAGUCCUGACCUAUGUUGGAACCAGAAACAGUCAACAAACGCUCCCUCAGAUUCAGUUACACAACCGCGGAAAUAUCUUUUACGUUUUUGGUGGUGAAUUAUACCAGAUUCCUUUUGUUCUUGUUAGCAACAAGAACAUUGAGGCUCAGAUGGAGCACAUUGUAGAACACAUAGUACAAAACAACCAGGAAAAGAUCCAUCCGGAUGUCUCAAUUAAAUUCGCCCAACUAAUUCAGCUGAUUCGCAAGUCUUCUCCUGAGAUUCUCCACACCAUAUGGAAGCAACUUGCUGCAAAACCAAGACACAGAAAUUGGCUCCUGCAAGGUCUUCGCAUGGGCGGAACUGCAAACAGCCUGAAGUUUAUUCAGCAAAUCUUUCAAAAUAACGAAAUCACUGAUGCAGAAGCAAUAGUGUUGAUUCCCAUUGCAUUGCAAGUGACCAGAGGCAGCCAGCAGGCUUUACAGAUCUCCAAAGAGCUAAUCAAACACGCCAGAACCCAGAGAAACCCGACACUUCGCAAACUCACAAUCCUAGCCGAUGGCACAAUGGUCAAAAAAUACUGCGCUCACCUGUCUACUUGCCCCGAGUCUGCUCUGGAGACCCUCCAUGAUUUGGCCGCUGAUGCCCUCAGCAAGGGCCACGAAGCAGACAUGUCUUUGGCUUUGAAAGCUCUGGGUAAUGCUGGUCGGCCUCAAAGCCUCAAACGUAUCCAAAAAUUCCUGCCAGGUAUUUCUUCCAGUGGUGCUCAUCUUUCAGUCAGGAUCCAGGUUGAUGCGGUCAUGGCUUUGAGGAACAUCGGCAGACGGGAUCCAGGCAAAGUGCAAGAAAUCCUCAUGAAAGUCUACAUGAAUCGUGACGUUCGCACAGAAGUGAGGAUGGUGGCUUCUUUAGUCUUAUUUGAAACCAAACCCAGUCCCGCCAUGAUUCUCAACAUAGCAAACGUGGCCGUAGGAGAAAGCCAAGUCAACCAACAGCUUGCCAGCUAUGUCUUUUCUCAAUUAAAAUCCUCAGCUAGGAGCACAAUUCCCCAAUUGGAACCUCUGGCUGCUGCUUGUAAUGUUGCAGUGAAGCUCUUCAACCCAAACAUGGAUAAUCUCGGAUAUGGCUACAGCAAGAUGUUUCAUGUUGACCUAUUUAAAUAUUCCCUCAUGGCUGGAUUUAAUGCAAAAGUCCAUAUGAUUAACAGUCCAUACACCUUGUUACCUACAUUCGUGAUUAUGAAACUGCGGUCCUAUGUUGGAAAUUCCGAGGUUGACGUAGCAGAGAUUGGUAUAAGAGCUGAAGGACUUACUCAGAUCCUGAGACGUCAAGAUAUUCAGUUUAAGCAAUUGCCAGUAUAUAAGAAGAUCGCCCAGAUUGUGAAAUUGUUAAAGGGAUUCAGGGCACAACCUUUGCAGAUGCCAAUGCUUUCUAUGUACCUCAAGACCUACAGCCAGGAGCUUUCAUUCAGUGAUAUCAGCAAAAACACCAUCCAGACUAUCACUCAGGCAAUAAACGAGCCAGCAGAAAGGCAUGCUACCAUCAAGAACAUCAUCAACAAGCUUAUGAAUGGAAUGGUCGGCCAUUACGCUCGAGCGAUCAUGGCUACUGAGGCUCGCCAUAUUAUACCCAGCACUGUUGGUUUGCCAAUGGAGUUCAGCUGGCACACCAUGCUUGUGGGAAAUGCCCCAAUCAAUCUUGCUGUUACGGUGACCCCACCCUUCUCACCAGACUCUAGCAUCAGUCAGCUGCUUCAAUCUGAGGUGCACAUCACUGCAAACAUCAACCCAAGCGCAUUAGUACAUGUGGUAGCCACCAUGGGAGUAAACACGCCAUUGAUGCAGCAUGGGUUGGAGUUCCAUGGCAAAGGUCUUGUAAACACCCCUGUGAAAGUAGAUAUUAUUGUAAACCUAAAGGAGAAUAAUAUUAAGAUUGAAUCGCAGCCACCCCAGCAAGAACAAGAUCUUAUUCAAAUAAGUGGCCAAACACACGCUGUUUCAAGAAAUGUUGAAAACUUGGAUGCAAGUAAGAGGAUACAGCUUGUGCCAGCAUCAGACAACCAGAACAUCCUGAAGAAGCACUUUCAAUCAUCAGGAAAGGCAUCCACAGAAGCAGCUAGCUCCGUGGAAUCUUUAUCAGAGGUUGGAAGCAAGAAAUAUCUGGAUCUUGCCAAGAAGUCACAAUAUUUGAAAGGAGUAGUGCAUAAAAUUGUCUACCAAUUCCAUUAUUGUCUUGGAAUUCCCAAACUCCCAGUCAAAGUUUGCCUUCAUCACAAGUCACAUAAUGCAGCAAGCAAAAGACAUUCCUUGUUCUAUCAAGCGUUGGGCACUCAUGAGACUAAGCUGACAGUAGGACCAGGACAUACAAAUUCCCCCAUACAGAGAAUCCAAACUGAAAUCACCUUCGGACACAAAGCAGCUUCCAAAGUUAUUGCUCUAGUUGAUGUAGAGAAGCAUGAGGGAGAGCAAUUGGAGCAAUCUGAAAUAAUAAAGAGGCUGAGACUCGUCCUUGGAAUAAAAGACCAUCUAAAAGCCACCAACGUAACCCUAGCACAAAAAAGGCAACAGUACCGCCAAAAACAGGACCGCCAAAAACAGGACCGCCAAGAACAGAACCACCAAGAACAGAACCGCCAAGAACAGAACCGCCAAGAACAGAUACGUAAAAGACAGAAAAGUCAAACCCAGAAUAAUCGAAGGCAUACCGUGGAAGAAUACGAGACAAAACUUGCCCGCAAACACUCAUCUCAGUCUUCAAGUUCUUCGUCCCCUUCUUCCUCAUCAUCCAAAAGCAGCAGUAGCAGCAGUAGCAGCAGUAGCAGUAGCAGCAGUAGAAGGCAGAGCAGGCAGAAAUCCACAAACAAAUCCGCACAGGAUCAAAAGCAAAGGGGCCACAAUAAGAAGCAUAGUUCCAGCAGCAGCAGCAGCAGCAGCAGCAGCAGCUCAAGCAGCCCAAGCAGCUCAAGCAGUAGCAGAAACUCAGGAAGGAGAGCUAACACUAGCUCAAGCAGUAGCAGCAGCAGCAGCAGCAGUGAAAGCAACAACAGGUCUAGAAAACACAGAACACCCAAUAGUAGUAGUAGCAGCAGCAGCAGCAGCAAUAGCAGCAACAGCAGAGGCAGAAAGAGCAACAGCAGUAGCAGCAGCAGUAGCAGCAGCAGUAGCAGUAGCAGCAGCAGCUCUGGAAGACAUGGCAGGAAAAGACAACAAAACGACCAGCAGAAACAUACCCAUCAACAUGGAAAGCAAAGCAGCAGCAGCAGCAGUAGCAGCAGUAGCAGCAGCAACAGCAGAAGAAGCAAUGGCAGCAGUAGCAGCAGCAGCAGCAGUAGCAGCAGUAGCAGUAGUAGCAGCCAACAAAGGGGAUAUAAUCAGGGAUAUAGACAGAUUUACAACCUUCGCUUUAAGCCAGGCAAAGGACAAAGGAAGGGAAGCAAACAACAGGCAGGUUCUUCAUCCUCAUCCUCAUCUUCAUCCUCAAGCUCUUCCAGCAGAUUAAAUUCUCGACACAAGGGCAAAUUUUUGGGAGACAACACUCCUCCAAUUCUGGCUGUGACUGUAAAGGCCAUCAGACAUGACAACUCACACCAGGGAUUCCAGCUGAUUGUCUACGCACAGUAUAAUAUGAAUAAACCCCGCAUACAGGCCUUCAUUGUGGACUUUGACAAGACAAGCAGGUGGAGAGCAUGCUUUAAUGCUGGAGUGGUGAACUUACAUGAAGCUCAGGCCAGCUUGAAGUGGGGACAGAACUGUCAAGAUUAUAGUAUUGUUACUAAGGCUCAACUUGGUCUUUUGGGAUGGCAGCCAGCUGUGAGAGUGAGCACUGAGUGGUCAAGAGUCCCAUCUCGCCUGAGGUCUUUUAUUGAAAACUGGGACAAUUAUCUCCCUGGGGCUGCUUACUUUAUGGGAUUUUCUCAGAGUUACAAGAGGAACUCUCAGCGUCAAAUCAGAAUCACUGUGGCCCUCAGCUCUCCGCGUACUGUUGAUAUUCUUCUCCAGCUUCCAAGGAUUACCCUGAGCUACAAUGCUCUCAGAAUCCCAGUGCCAAUUCCAAUCAGACACAUUUCACAGAAUGAGAUCCUACAGGCUCCAUCACUGAAUAUUCUUGCUGAAGCUCCCCAGAUCCUUAAGGAAUCUUUGCAAGGAGAAUGCAAGGUAUCGGAAAACCAGAUCACAACCUUGAACGGAGUGAAACUGGCCCAGACCAUACCCGAGGGAUGUUACCACAUCCUGGCACAAGACUGCAGCGAGGAGUUAAAGUUCAUGGUGCUGGCAAAGCCAUCCAAGGAUGAGCCUACGAAAAAUGACAUUAACAUCCAACUUGGCCACUAUGACAUUAACAUGUACCAGAAGUCUGGUGCUACAGAAAUGACCAUCAAUGGCCACGUUCUUACUAUAGAUGACCUCCCAUACAAAUCCUUUGGUGAACCAGGAGUGGAAAUUAUCAAGACGGAAACAGGUGUGUGCUUGAUAGCACCCGACUUUGGUAUCGAGAACAUUAACUAUGAUCAAGGAAAUGUUCAGGUGCGACCAACUCUCACCAUGAAAGGCCAGUUAUGCGGCAUAUGCGGUCGUAAUGAUGAUCAGAUGGUUGAAGACUUCCGAAGACCUGAUGGAUCUGUUGCCAAGGAUGCAGCCAGCCAUAUUCAUUCUUGGAUCCUUCCUUCUCAGUCCUGCACAGAAGGUUGCAACCUUAAACACACUCUUGUGAAACUCGAGGAAGAAAUCUAUGGUGAAAAGUCCAAGUGUUAUAAUGUUCAUCCUGUCCUGCGAUGUGCCAAACAAUGUCGUCCAAUCAAGACCGUUGAUGUGCCCAUUGGUUUCCACUGUCUGCCUUAUGAUUCAGCUCCGGAGCUGGUUGGACAAACAUAUCUAGACAAACCUGAAGAUAUCACAGAAAUGGUACAAGCCCAUACUGCCUGUGAAUGUGAAUCAUGCUCAUCUUAAUCUGUUAUGACACCGUCACUUUAUUGGAAGUUACUUUAAUUCCCUGUAUAAUCUGUGUAACCCACAGAGACAUGAUUUUGACUUCAGGGUUAUCCCAAGAAGUAAUCUCUUCUUUGUAAUGUAUUUAAUUCCCAAUAAAAAGUUUGCAUCCAAAAA